ACGUGACAUCGACGUCACGGCGCUUUCUCAGUCACCCUGCCCCGCCGUCGCUCCGCUCGUCGAGGCCGGAGGAUUUUGUGUUAUCCGCUGUGUGUUUUUUCUCGGGUGAACAUGGCCGCGGGUCCCCUCUCUGUGUCCUCCAAUGCGUCCACGAACAACGAUGGCAUCCUCAUCGGUGACAAAGUCUACUCGGAGGUGUACCUGACCAUCGACAACUCUCUGAUCCCGGAGGAGAGUCUCUCCCCGACGCCCUCGAUGCUGGACGGCCUCGACCUGAACACCGAGACCGACCUCCGUAUCCUGGGCUGUGAACUCAUCCAGUCUGCUGGCAUCCUGCUCAGACUACCACAGGUGGCAAUGGCAACCGGACAGGUUCUGUUUCAUCGUUUUUUCUACUCCAAGUCCUUCGUCAAACACAGUUUUGAGAUUGUUGCUAUGGCUUGUAUCAACUUGGCCUCCAAGAUUGAGGAAGCACCCAGGCGAAUACGAGACGUCAUCAAUGUUUUCCACCAUUUGAGACAGAGCAGAGGCAAAAAGGCUCCAAGUUCUUUGAUACUUGAUCAGAACUACAUAAAUACCAAAAACCAAGUCAUCAAAGGGGAGCGGCGGAUCCUGAAGGAGCUGGGCUUCUGUGUGCAUGUCAAGCAUCCUCACAAGAUUAUCGUCAUGUACCUUCAAGUCCUGGACUGUGAGAAGAACCAGACUCUGGUCCAGACCGCCUGGAACUACAUGAACGACACCCUGAGGACUAAUGUGUUUGUGAGAUUCCAAGCCGAGACCAUCGCCUGUGCCUGCAUCUUCCUCGCUGCUCGAGCCCUGCAGAUACCUCUGCCAACCAGACCCAGCUGGUACCUGCUGUUUGGAGCCAGUGAGGACGAUGUUAAAGAAGUCUGUCUCACCACCCUCAGACUCUACACCAGGAAGAAGCCUAACCUGGACCAGCUGGAGAAGGAGGUGGACCGGAGGAAGGUGUAUCUGGCCGAGGCUAAGCUGAAGCUUAAAGGUCUGAACCCUGACGGGACCCCCGCCCUGUCCACGAUGGGCGGCUUCUCUCCCGCCUCCAAGCCCUGCUCCCCCGCAGUGAAGCUGGAGGAGAAGUCCCCGAACGCCCAGACGCUCAAAACAGUGAAGAAGGACCCCGACGGCCGGAGUCAGGCCAACAAGAGUCCACACAACGGCUUAAGGAAAGAUGUGAAGAUCGGGAGGAACAGCAGGAGCGGAAGUCGAUCUCGUUCAAGAACACGAUCCAGAUCUAGAUCCCGCUCUCCACGCAGACACUACAACAGCAGACGCAGUCGCUCAGGUACCUACAGCUCUCGCUCACGUUCCCGCUCUCACAGUCGCAGUCCAUCGCCUCGGCGACACCCGCCCUCUCCCCUCCUCCCCCACCUCAAGUCCAAGUCCGGCCACCAUGGCAACAGCGACUCCUCCAAGCCUAGCGGUCGCCACAGCAACAGUGGUGGCGGCGGCGGCGGCAGCGGGGGGUCGGCUCACAAGAAGAAGCGCACGCAUUCCCGCUCGAGAUCCCGCUCGCCCGCCGCCAAAGUGGAGCGGGAGAGAGAAAGGGAGAGGGAGCGCGAGAGAGAGAGGGAGCGCGGCUCGUUCGACCUUUCCUCGAAGAAACACAAACACGAGCGGGGAGGAGGCGGUCACCGUGGCGACAGGAGGGAGAGGUCCCGGUCGUACGACAGGGAGAGAGAGAGGGAGCGCGGCCACAAGAGCAAACACCACAGCAGCAGCAGCAGCCACUCAGGACACAGCCGCCAUCGGCGCUGACAACACACACACUCACACUCACACACACACGGGCUAGCUCUAGGACUGAUGGUCACUUAAAUAUUUGCAGUUAUACUCAAAGUGAAUCAGAUCCGGCGUGCUCCCUGAAGAAUGUUGAAUACAGUUGAUUGUCUCAAAUAUCAGUGUGACUCCUGCAGACGUUGUGCAAGUUGUUCCAAAGGUUGUGUCUAUGGACGUGAACCAAUCAGGAGUUCUUUAGCAUUGGUCAUCAAGAACUUGCACACACUGCAGCGGUCAAAGCCAAAUGCAGUUGAGAGAACAUGUCUAGUGUGGUUUUAUUUGAGUAUAUCACCAGCUUAAUGCCAUCAUGUUGGUCGUCUGGGUUUCUCAUACGCAUCCUGAAAAUUACCGUAAAAUGUAAACUACAUGAUUUACAGAAAAUCUUGAUUUAUUUUUGGCCUUAGCAUUUAAGAUUCAGUUUCAUGUAAAUGUUAUCAUUACAUUGUAAAGUCGGAGUUAUCUAAAUUCAAAUGAACACAGAUUCUGCAUGUACAAAUGUCUGACUGUUCAUUUGUCGUCUACACAGCCGCACACCUGUAGCUGAUAUUUAGCAGAAGGGUGUGUGUGCUAUUGAGUGUGUGUGUGUGAGAGAGAGGAACCCACCCGGCGUUAAGUCGACUGUUUCAAGCCUUGUAUUCACCGCGCAGUGACAUCAGUCCCAGACCUGUCGCUGUCGUCCACUCCACAUUUUAGGCUUUUCUUAAUUUUCCCCAUCAUACACACCACUACCAUCUCUAGCCUACCCUUACGUUCUUAGUUUUACAUGUAAAGUUAUGGACUUUGGGGUUAACGAAACUUAUUUACAGUGUAAAGAAGGAUCGAUAUCUGCUGACGAAAUGUGAACGCUUUGAUUUAUAAAAGCGAGCUGCUCAGUGGAACCAUUGAAUGAACAAAUGUAAAAAAUAAAGCCGCUCAUUCAGGAAAGAUCAAUAUGUUUGCACAUUAAGGGGCUGGUGGGUGAGUGGUUGUUUUUUUUCUUUUUUGGACAGAUGUGUUACUAAAGCUGUGUUUUGUAAAGUUAAAAUAAAUCUCUUUUCUUUUUUUUUUACAGCAGGGGAUGCAGACUUAAUUCAAAUUUUAGGGUUGUCAAUUUGUUACACUGGUUUUAGUCUGCACGUGUUCAUGUCCAAUUUUUAUUCAAUAAUAAAUGAGGUAUGCCACUGAA